AUGGCGACCUUCUUAGAACAGUCGUACAGCUUGGUACACCAGGACAAUGCAGCGGACGUACCCUCAAUGACGGAUUUGAGGACGCAGUUGGAGAAAGGGACAGAUGAGAAUAAAGUCGAGACCAUGAAGCGCAUUCUCACAGUCAUGUUAAAUGGAGAUCCAAUGCCCCAAUUACUUAUGCAUAUCAUUCGAUUUAUUAUGCCUUCGAAAUACAAACCAUUGAAGAAGCUUCUCUACUUUUACUACGAGAUCUGCCCAAAGUUGGAUGCCAGUGGGAAGCUCAAGCAGGAGAUGAUUUUAGUUUGUAAUGGUAUUAGAAACGAUCUCCAACAUCCCAACGAAUACAUUAGAGGCAACACAUUGCGAUUUUUGUGUAAGCUGCGCGAAUCAGAACUUCUCGAACCUUGUCUCGCUCCAACCAAAGCAUGCCUCGAGCAUCGUCAUGCAUAUGUCCGCAAAAAUGCAGUCUUCGCCGUAGCUUCUAUCUUCCAACACUCCGAGAGUUUGAUUCCAGAUGCCCCUGAAUUGAUAGCCGCGUUUUUGGAGACGGAGAGUGAUCACACUUGCAAGCGUAAUGCGUUUGCUGCAUUAGUUAGCAUCAGUCAUGAAAAGGCUUUGGCAUACCUCAGCAGCGUCUUUGAUGGCAUUCCAAAUGCGGAUGAGCUGCUACAACUUGUGGAGCUGGAGUUUAUCAGAAAGGAUGCAGUUCAAAAUUCACAAAAUAAGGCACGAUAUUUACGACUCAUAUUUGAUCUUUUAGAAGCCGGAGCUUCUACUGUCGUUUACGAAGCUGCUUCGUCUCUCACAGCCUUGACCAAAAAUCCGGUAGCGGUGAAGGCAGCAGCGUCAAAGUUUAUUGAGCUUAGUAUCAAGGAGCCCGACAACAAUGUUAAGCUGAUUGUUCUCGACAAAGUCGAUGUUUUAAGACAGAAGAAUGAGGGUGUUCUGGACGAUUUGACAAUGGAGAUUCUGCGCGUCUUAUCAAGCCCGGAUAUUGAUGUACGGAAGAAGGCCUUGGAUCUAGCUUUGGAGAUGGUUUCCAGCAAAAAUGUCGAGGAUGUCGUCUUACUCUUGAAAAAGGAAUUAUCAAAGACUGUCGACCAGGAAUAUGAGAAGAACGCUGAAUAUCGACAACUCUUGAUUCACUCCAUACAUCAAUGCGCAAUUAAAUUCUCCGAAGUCGCUGAAAGCGUGGUCGACCUCUUGAUGGAUUUCAUCGCUGACUUCAACAACACAUCGGCAGUAGACGUUAUCUCUUUUGUGAAGGAGGUAGUGGAGAAAUUCCCAAAACUGCGACCAUCCAUAGUUGAGCGAUUGGUAUCCACCUUAAGCGAAGUUCGUGCUGGGAAGGUUUACAGGGGGGCUCUUUGGAUAGUUGGUGAAUAUUCUUUGGAGCCCAAUGAUAUCAGAGAUGCCUGGAGGCGUAUAAGAGCCAGCUUGGGGGAAAUCCCUAUUUUGGCUUCUGAACAACGUCUACUCGAUGAUACAUCGGAUGGGCAAGAGCCAAAAGAGCCAGAACAGAUCAAUGGAAACUCCAAAGCAGCGCCAACAGGUUCACGGAGAGUUCUUGCUGAUGGUACCUAUGCGACUGAGAGCGCCCUCACAAGUCAAUCGGCUGUUACGGCCAAGUUGGAGGCGGUCAAAGCCGCUCAAAAACCACCUCUUCGUCAACUUAUUCUGGAAGGAGAUUAUUAUCUCGCUUCCGUUCUCUCUUCCACACUUACAAAACUCGUCAUGCGCCACUCUGAAAUCUCGUCGGAUACUGCCCGAACCAAUGCUCUGCGUGCAGAGGCCAUGUUGAUCAUGAUUUCAAUCAUUCGUGUUGGUCAAUCUCAAUUCGUGAAAGCGCCAAUUGACGAAGAUUCGGUGGAUAGAAUAAUGUCUUGUGUUAAAUCCCUCGCCGAGGUUGCUCAGAACAAGCAACUGGAAAGUGUGUUCUUAGAAGAUACCAGAAAAGCAUUCCGAGAUAUGGUUCAAGUAGAAGAGAAGAAGAGAGCAGCUAAGGAAGCCGUGGAGAAAGCCAAAUCAGCUGUUCAAGUUGAUGAUGUCGUCUCCAUUAGACAGCUUGCAAAGAAAAACACAAUUGAUGGCGCUGAUGAGAUCGAGCUUGACCUUGAAAAGGCAACCGGGGGAGAUUCUUCAUCUGAAGAUCUUUCAUCAAAACUUAGCCGAGUCGUGCAACUCACUGGUUUCUCCGAUCCAGUCUACGCUGAGGCAUACGUUACAGUACAUCAAUUCGAUAUCGUUCUGGAUGUUCUGCUAGUAAACCAGACAACAGAGACUCUCCAGAACUUGUCGGUCGAAUUCGCAACGCUAGGCGAUCUCAAGGUUGUAGAAAAACCUACUACUCAAAAUCUUGCCCCACAUGAUUUCCAAAAUGUACAAGCUACCAUCAAGGUUUCCUCGACGGACACUGGAGUUAUUUUCGGAAAUGUUGUCUAUGAUGGCGCAAGCUCGACCGAGAACAAUGUGGUUAUCUUAAAUGAUGUGCAUGUCGAUAUCAUGGAUUACAUUCAACCAGCCGUAUGCACAGAAACACAAUUCCGUACAAUGUGGACAGAAUUUGAGUGGGAGAAUAAAGUCAACAUCAACUCUAAGGCCAAAUCGUUGCGAGAGUUCUUGGACCAACUGAUGGCUUGUACAAAUAUGAACUGCUUAACUCCAGAGGCUUCAUUGAAGGGCGACUGUCAAUUCCUGAGUGCCAACCUUUACGCACGAAGUGUUUUCGGGGAGGAUGCUCUUGCUAACCUUAGCAUUGAAAAAGAGAGUGAGGAUGGACCGGUGACUGGAUUUGUUCGAAUUCGAAGCAGGUCUCAAGGUUUAGCGCUCAGCUUGGGAUCAUUAAAGGGGUUGAAUAAAGUUGUCGAAGUUGCUUAA